GUUGUCGCGGGCGGAGCCCGGCCCAGCGCGCGGCCCUGUGGCGGCCGCUGUCGGGAGGCACAGCCGGGACCCGCGGGGCCGCCCCCUCGCCCGGCACAGGCGGCCCGGCCGGCUCGGCGCGGGGCUCCUGGCGGAGUUCUGGGUCAAAUGAUCAGUUCUGUGACAAGACAGCAUGACACUUCGAGUAUGACAGAAGCCCUGAUGCUGCAGCAGAGGCUGGGAAUAUUAAUGGCCAAAUCUAGAGAUCACAUGGUCUUUUAAAGAAGUCAUGGGUAGCUGUUGUAGCUGUCCAGAUAAAGAAACGGUCCCAGAUAACCAUCGAAACAAGUUUAAGGUUAUUAAUGUGGAUGAUGAUGGUAAUGAACUGGGUUCUGGCAUAAUGGAACUUACAGAUACAGAACUAAUUUUGUACACCCGUAAAAGGGACUCUGUAAAAUGGCACUACCUCUGUCUCCGUCGCUAUGGCUAUGACUCAAAUCUUUUCUCUUUUGAAAGUGGCCGAAGGUGUCAAACUGGACAAGGGAUCUUUGCCUUUAAAUGUGCCCGUGCAGAAGAGCUAUUUAAUAUGUUGCAAGAGAUAAUGCAGAAUAAUAGCAUAAAUGUGGUAGAAGAACCAGUAGUAGAAAGAAAUAAUCAUCAAACUGAAUUGGAGGCUCCCAGAACUCCUCGAACGCCUACCACUCCUGGGUUCAAUGCGCAAAGUUUACCCAACGGCUAUCCCAGAUAUCCAUCUUUUGGAGAUGCUUCAUCACAUCCUUCCAGCAGACAUCCUUCUGUCGGAAGUGCACGGCUCCCCUCUGUCGGUGAAGAAUCAACACAUCCUUUACUUGUAGCAGAAGAGCAAGUGCAUACUUACGUCAACACUACUGGGGUACAAGAGGAAAGAAAAAAUCGAUCAAGUGUGCAUGCGCCACUGGAAUCAAAGCUUUCAAACACUGAAACAACUAAAGUGAAAGAAGAUCAGAUGUGUACUGAUGACAGAGAUGCUCAGGUUCUCCUGGAGCCUGAAGGAGUCAAGUUUGUUUUAGGACCAACACCUGUUCAAAGGCAGUUAAUGGAAAGAGAGAAACUGGAGCAACUUGGGAGAGACCAAGUUAGUGGCAGCAGCACAAACAACACUGAAUGGGACACUGGGUACGACAGUGAUGAACGUAGAGAAACACCGUCUGGUAAUAAAUUGGUGUAUGAAAAUAUAAAUAGGUUAUCAAUCCCUAGUGCCUCAGGGGUCAGGAGAGGUCGUUUGACAUCAACCAGUACCUCAGAUGCCCAGAACAUUAACAAUUCUGCUCAGAGGAGAACUGCGCUAUUGAACUAUGAGAACUUGCCAUCCUUGCCGCCUGUUUGGGAAGCCCGCAAGCUGAGUAGAGAUGAAGAUGACAGUUUAGGACCAAAGACCCCUUCUCUGAAUGGCUAUCAUAAUAAUCUAGAUCCAAUGCAUAAUUAUGUCAAUACAGAGAAUGUAACAGUACCAGCAAGUGCUCAUAAAGUAGAAUUUACACGACGUCGGGACUGUACCCCAACAGUCUUUAACUUCGACAUUAGACGUCCAAGUUUAGAACACAGGCAGCUCAACUACAUACAGGUUGACUUGGAAGGUGGUAGUGACUCCGACAACCCUCAGACUCCAAAAACCCCCACCACUCCACUUCCGCAAACUCCAACCAGGCGCACAGAGCUGUAUGCUGUGAUAGACAUUGAAAGAACUGCUGCUAUGUCAAGCUUGCAAAAAGCACUGCCCCGAGAUGAUGGUACUUCUAGGAAAACUAGACAUAACAGUACUGACCUGCCUAUGUGAGCCUGGGAAGCAUUAAAUCAUUUGCACCUUUUGUGAAGUUUAUAAUGAAGAUGCAAAUACUUUGCAUUUCUUAACACUAAAGCCUUUUAUAGACUAAUAGAACUUUUUCUGCAUACUUCAUGUACUUGUCUAACUAAAGGGAAUUAAUGUACAGCAAGUAUUCAUUUAGGUAACACUAUUUCAUUCUACAGUAGUAGUAAUUACUGCAUAGCAGCAACACCACCUUUCACAGUGCCUCUUUAAAUUAAUUAGCCUGAGUGACAUGCCAGUUUUGAAUUUAUAAAUAUUCUGGUCUGGUGCCUAUUCUUGUUAAUGGCAUUUAUAACACUUUUUAAAGCCUCUUGAUAUGUGCUUUAUUAGCAGGUAAACCUAAUCUUUUGAGAUACAUGUGUUAUGUUCAUUCAUCACUGAAGAGGGUCCUCCAGAAUGAAGUGUAUGUAAUGCAUUAAUUCACUCAGUUUGAUGUACACAGGAUACAUGAGUUCAUCUCAAGGGAUAUAAACACCACACCUUUUUCUGUCUGUUGGGUUUUUUUGACCACAUGGGCAAGAAAGCCUCUAAUUCACAGUAGUUUUCUUAAAUUGUGUAAUAUUUGAGAGGUCGCAUUGAAGUUUGUUGAUCAGAGCUAUAAACGCUUCUAAACUCAGCCUUAAGCUUCUUCUGCUAGAAGAGAAUUCAGAGUGGCAUAUCACGUUCCCUGUGAAAUCUGACAAUUUUAUUCUCCUUAGGGUUUUGGGUUUUUUUUGUGGAGGGAUUCACAGGUUGGCUAUAUGAAUUAAGGCUCUCUUGUCAUUUCGUAGUUCAGUGUGCCUUCCAUUCUUCGCAUUUGUGUGUUUCUUUUUUAUCUGUUCCGUAAUGUCUUGUUUUAGAAUUCAAAAUUUUGUAUACAACUUUAAUUAUUAUUCAGGGUUGUUUAUGUGUUUGUCUUACUCUCUGCAUUUGACAAAGAAAGGCUCUUGAAGGCCAAAUGGUUGUCUUUGUCCAAUGUUCUACUAUUUUAUGCCUGACGAAUACCCCAGUUCUCCAGCAGCAUGCAUUAUUGCACAACUGGAAAGGUUUAUUAUGCAGUUAUUGUCUUCCUCUAAAGCACCAGACACAGGUUACACGGGAGGCAGGGUACUGGACUUGAUAGUUCUUCAUAGAAAAUGGUACAUUCAAGCAAUGUACAUCCGUAGUUGAUAGUAUACUUUAAUGUAGAAAGAUAUGUAGUAAAUUAUCUGAAGGUAGUAUUAUCUAUGGGCAUACUUCUGUUCCUUUUGCAGUUGAUGAACUUGGGUUACAAUGAUGGCUGCUCAGUGUUACAGGUACAUUCAGGUAGAAUGUUGUUCGUGGAAUAUGCCAGAUGCACCCUUAGCAGAAGUUGUUUUGUUUUGGUUUUGAUUCUGGCAGCAUUGCAGGUGCACCUUGGUCUAUACUAGCAGCAGAAAAGAUGACUCUUGAGCCUGUGCUUGUAAUAGAACUGACAUUUGUGUGAACUGGUGUGAUGUAAAAUAAACCUUGAACUGUGAGUGAGCAAAAACAUACAAGAAAAGCCAUUUGGAGACCUGAAAAUGAAUUAAGGGUCUUCAUGCAAUAUUUGAAUUCAAUUUUUUUAAAAAACAAACUAUAAUUAUUUUCAGUCUCUUAAAUUGGAGUGUAUUCCUGUUCCUUUGUUAACUUUUUACUUGAUCUUCUCUCAGUUUAGUAGUGGCAGCAGUAAAUAGUACCUAAAAUGCACAUGUCUUGACAUACCGCUAAGGGAUAUCAGGCAGCCAUUUUUCUCUGAGCUUCAUUGUUCUUUACAGACUGUAUGGUACUGAAAUACCAGAUGCACUAAGAACAUAAUUUGCAGAAAUAAAAGAUAGGAGUCAUUGAGACCAUUGAGGAACUUCAGUGAGGUAUGAAAAAAUCAUCAUUAAUGAUUUCUUGGUCAGCCUAUGCAUACUCUUCUGAUAGACUCAUUGACUUGUAGGGAGAAUUCAGUACUCAAGAAGGUAAUGACUACCUAGAGUUACAUGUGUUACAGGUCUGCAGUGUUAGUGCUCCUUUGCAUCUUUGCCAUUGCCUCACCUUGUGGAUCAGUGUUGGUCUGUACUGAAGAGAAAUUACCAGGUAUUGCAAAAUACUUACUGGGUUAAUGGUACUGGUGUGAUUCUUGUUCUUAGUUUACAGCUCACUUAAAUUUGUGAGUGGAACUAAUGCUUCAGCGUGUGUUUUGAGGCAAAUAUGUUUGAUCUAGCUAGCUGCCUAGAAAUUAUACGGUCCUCAUCUGUAUAGUAUGGAUGUUUCAGAAAUACUAAUUAAUUGGACCCCUAAAACACAAUUGUGAAGCAGAGAAGUAAUGUUCUUAAUACGACAAACAGGGAAACUAGAUCCCAAGUGACCUGCUGAAAUGACCACCACCAGCCAUAUCCCUUCUUAGUUCCAGUGCACUGUCCUACACCUUUAUCCUGAAUAGUCUCAGAUUCAAGGGAUGGUCUGAGUAAUUUUUUUAUGUUGUUGCAAGUUUCACAGUACUUCAUAGGGAGUGUUUUCUUAGCUCUGGUCCCUGGAACUGAGAACGUACUGAAAUGACAACUUUCUGUAGCCUUAAUUAUAUUAACUAGUCUGGGGACAUGUUUUCUAGGACUAUUUUUUUACCUUCUUAUAUUUUAGAGGUGGGAUAAUGCUUUCUCAUUUUGCAUACACUGCAAACACACCGGGUAGUCCCUGUUACUGGCACUACUCAUCUUUAGCAUUCCUUACUUUCUGCCCAUUGAAGUAGAUGUAGUUGCAAUGCACUUUACCCUUUGAGACUUGGUAAAUAUUUUUUCAAUUCAGUCUCUUUUAAAGGCUGUGAUGUUAGAUUUAGUGUCUGAUCUAUGAUUCCGUUUUCAGCUGAAAUCUCUCCACAGUAUUGAGAUCAUAUUUAUUUUGGCCCACAGGUGUAUCGACUGAGAAACUACAAAUAUGUAACCAUUUUCUUUAUUAAUUGAGACAUAUUAAGUUUACAUAAACUAGGUCCUGCAAAAAUGGCAGCAUCUCCAUGAGUUCCACUUUUCAUCCAUAACAUGCAGUUGGCUGCUGCCCUUCCAGCACAUUUGACGAGGGAAGCCUUUAACUGUAGGUAUUCCUUUAAUGCAGUGAUUUUGGGAAGGACGUACAUUGGUGUGUCUUAAGGAACUCAAGAUGAUAAAAAAGACAAAACGGUGACCAAAAGUACAUAAUAAAGAUUGUACUAGAAAUGCAGUUAAUGAGGAUUCAUCCAUUGGUUAUAUCAGGAAAAUAUUUUUCUCAAAUUGCUGUCGAGAGGAGGACCAGAUUUUUUUAGUUUUGUGGUGUUUCUUGGUGACUCCAUAAAACAAUAUUAAAAUGACCGUUCUGAAAACCUUAACUCUCAUUAGAACACUUUUUGUUUCCCCCAGUAAGUAUGUUUUGCAUGUGACAGGGGUUGAAUGUGACGCUGUGUGUUGAAACACUAUUCCUGUUCCUAUUAAAGUGUACAGGACCUUUAUAGAAAUCUUAACUGUUCAAAUAGACGCUUGAUAUCAUAAACUGCUUAAACCCCCUAAUGUUUGGAUGUUUUUGUGUGUUUACACCUCUGGCUAGGGCCUGGGUGUAAAAAGGGCCACAGAAAGGUGUAAGCUGUACAGAGUCCAAACCAGUGUCAAAACAGAGCUGUUCUUUUGCAGGUGACAGAUCAGCAGAAGAUUUUGCUGGUGUGUUAGCUCAAAAUCUGGGUAUCCUUGGUUUUGGUGUAUGUCUAACAAAUGAGACAGUGAGGAGAGAGCAGACUCUUUGUUCACUGUUGGUGAAGUAAAAAAUGCAAAUUCUGAUUGAUGUCAGUUACAUAGCUACAUGCUCAAAGUAGUAUCUGAUUUGGACCUCUGUUUCUAAGCAGUAUUCUCUUUGUGUAAUGUGGGAUCAAUGUUGGAAUUCCAUUUCUGCACUAUACUAAUUUAUUUAAUGGCUGCAGAUAAGAUGAAACUGAUUUAGUAGGAACUGAUAGUGGACUUAAAUCUGAAAUUUUCCUGUUUCCCCUAAACAAGUUUGGUCCUGCGAUUUGAUAGAUAGAAUUAGGUAUUUUUGGAAUUUAAUGAUACGCUCUUUCCCAUCUUUUCCUUGAGGUUGCAAUUCAGGCAUUUAUAUUUGACAGUAUUUACUUAAUAUAAACGUGCGUUCAUUUACACUAUCUUUAAUUCAUAUACACUCCAAAAAAAAAAAAAAGGGCAGAAGAAAUUCCACCACAAAAAACUGCGUUAAGAUGGAGUCAGGGUUGCUGAUGUCCUUCUUACUGAACGUACAUAAAAAAAGACAAGAAGCCACGAGUUAAGGUUCUUUUGCAAUCUUUAGGAAUUACUUCCUCUUUUGGACAAGAUAAGUGAAUAAGAAAAAAACCCCAAACAAUUUAGCAGCUGUAACUCUGACCAUGCAUGCGUUAUUUCUUGUGAUACUGUGCUGUAAGGUAUGUGACUAAGUCUGCCAGAUAUCUUAGGAGGAUAUGAUCCUAAUACGAUGUUUACUCCAGAUUAACGCAGUAUUUUGUUUGGAAAAUAUAUAGGUGUACAGAUAGAAUACAGGAGAUGGUUACCUUUAACGUUGAUGAAACAAGUGUGGACAUUUCUAUAUUUUUAUAUAUUACAAAGGGCAUUUUGAAAUUUUUCUUGCAGUUUUCGUAAUUAUUUAGUGUGGUAAUAUACAUAUAUUGUGACAAUGUUCUCUGCUAUAUCCAUUACUUUGGUGUAAUUCUAUUUUAUGUAGCAAAUAUGUGUAUAUACAAAGGAGAUUAUGUAAAAAAUAUGGUUAAGAAAAAUGCUCAAGCCCUUCAGAACAGGGACCAUCUUCUUCUGUGUCUGCAAAGUACUUAAUGCCUUGGGGCCACAGCUCGCGUCUGAGAACCCGGAGAGACUGAAUUGCCAAGCGAUGAGCGUGGAGGAGCAGCUUAUCUGCUCUCCACGAGAACCCUUAGUACAAAAGGUGCCAUAGAGCUUACCUUGCCACUCCCCGGUGCUGGGGCUGUGCUCUCCAACACCACCUGCCAACAACCCAGAGAGCCCAGAGUUCAUGUUUCCUUUGCUCUAGUUCUUCCCUGUGACAAUAGAAAGGGAAGUCUGAAGGAGGAGCUUUGAUGUCAUUGGGGGAUCUUCCUUGUUAGCAGGGCGAUCCUUCCCGAGCUUGUUCGGGCCUCAGUGCAGUGUCUGUUGAAGCCAAAUGAACAAUUCAUGUUGACUUCAAGAGCCACUGGAUGUCUUCCUGCAAGAUCAAGGUCUGCUGACAUAAUAGCUCUGUUACACCUGAGGACUUGGUUGGUCAAGUUCUUCAGGAAUGCUCUAAAAAUACUGUAAAAAUAUAAAUAUAUUUAAUAACAUGUACUGAAAAAAAAAUCCUAUUUGUUUUGGUCAGAGUUCAGAUUACUAUGUGAAUUUUGAUUUCUUAGUCAUACUUGCAUAUAUGUUGCUUUAACUAUUAUGUAUGAAAGAGGAAGUGAUUCUGAAGUUUGUGAAAGAUCAGAAUUACACCUGUUUUUUACUGGUUAUGCUGUUUAGGAAUGGAUGUCAGCAAAUUUAACUCCAUAAUAAUGCAGUUUUUUUGCAUUAGAAUACAUGUGUAUAUCAUACACCCACAUUUUAUAUAUAAUAUAUUAUAUAUUUGGUACUAACUUUGUAUUUUCCCUGAAAUUUUGCCAAAUCUUGAACGCAGAUGUUCUCACUUGUAAGACUUCGGUACUUAAUAACUGAAUGUAUAAAAGAUGCUCCAGUAUGAAAGGAAAGAGUGUUGUAUUUUGUCGCAUGAUACAGAUGUCUCAACCAGCAGGCAUGUUGCCUUUUUUCACAUCUCUCUUCAUUGCAGCAUCACCUUUUGUCUUGUGAAAAACAGUCUAUGUUUUUAACUAAACUGCAGACCUGCCAUUACAGUACGGCUGAAAACCGUGCUAGCCUAAAAGCUGACUGGUAGUAGUAAGAAUACCAAUCGUCACCAGUGUGCCACAAAUGCAUUUAUUAAAUGCAGAAAUAGACAUUUCUACGAAGGCCAAAAUCUUAUGUUGUACGUUCCUUUCUUGUCAUUACAUUGUAUGAUAUUGUAAGAUUAUUGUAUGUCUUAAUUUGCAUUAUAAAAUGUUUUUUCCUACUUAAAGGCAUAAAUAUAGCAACUUUGUAUAAAGGUAGCUUUCUAGAUUUUUAUUUCUUUUAUAUAAAAAAGUCUAUACAGUGGGAGUACCAUUGCCAAAUUGUUUAUAAAAUUUCCGUUAAUUUGCCCUGUUCAAUGAAUUUGUUUCUACAAACAUUCCAUAUUUCUUUUAUGAAAAAAGGUGAUAUUAUACUAUGCAGAGUGUAUUUUUAUGCCAUUCCACAUUAAUCUUAAAAAAAAAUAAUUUCACUUGUUUUAAGCUGUCAUUAUUGAGAAAGCUUACCAAAUGUGCAUUUUAAAAAAAUGUAUUAUGUAUCAUGACAACAUUUUCCCCCUUUACCAGUGCCAACUUCAUUUGGGAAAAAAAAAUGUAGCAUGGCAAUAAACUAUUGAUUUUA